CAUCACCCUCCACAUUCCCAACAUCACGAUACCUUACGUGGAACAUAGCAAUAUGGCCAAAGGCAGAAUUACUGUACCUUGCACCAUUGUCAGCCCUCUCCGCCUUAUCUCCCGACCUCAACACGUCUAAAUGGUCAGCCUUAGGUGUCACACAUGUGCAUAAAAUGUUUGGUACAGAUGGCAUCCAUCCUUUCCCAACACUGCAGGAACGGUACAAUUUACCUCCGAGGGACAUUUUCAUGUACUUGUGUGUUAAACAUAUCUUAAUGUCACAAUCGAUUGAGCACAUUGACCCGCUGUCACUUAGUCAUAUAGGUGCACAAUGUUACCAUGCCAGACUGAUACGCCCUUCUUGUAAACUUCUUUCACUAUGUUAUAUGACGCUGUCCGAUAGUCACGGACCCCCCAAACUACCUUACAUGAAGCAGUGGGAGACAUCGUUAGGAGUAACUCCGACUCUCAUAGAAUGGGAACAAGCCAUCAUCUACACCAAACAAUCUUCGAAGUGUGUCACACUAUGGGAAGCCUACUUUAAAAUGUUAAUGAGAUGGUACUUGGUCCCGAGCAGGAUUCACAAAAUUUAUCCCAAUUCUCCCUCAAUAUGCUGGCGCUGCAACUCCAGUUUAGGUUCUAUAGAACAUAUAUUUUGGCAUUAUCCCAACCUGCAACACUUUUGGAAGGCUGUCCAAAAAAACAACCAUUUAUGCGAUUUGUAA